AUGGGCCGUGGGAUGUUCCAUUACCCCAACGGUCCUCUGCAGGAUAAACUGCAGUGGGCAGAANCACAAAGAGAUUCACAGGAAAUGGGAAUAAGAGCGUCAGCGCCAUUUUUGAAUCCACCGAAUCAACAACAAUCACGGAUUGGCAAUACAGACAAGGUGCGUUUUUACAGAACGCAUAGCGACGUGAAAAAGAACUGGCUAGAUGCCACCACGGUAGCGUCAUUGACAAAGUCCUCUAGACCACCUUAUACAAUACUCUCUACGACAUUACAUGUCCUUGGCAUUUCAGAGGAAUACAACAGUACUCACGGCCAUAAGAGUAGUAUAAGCGAUAAUAACGAACAGGUGACUUUACCACCUACAACU